AUGGAGCCUAUAUCGAUGCGGGUCUUUGGACUCCCCGAGCUUGCUUCUAUCAUUGCCUCCUCCCUGGACAAGAAAACUCUCACGCAAGUCAUGGUCACAAAUCGUCGGAUGCAUGCAGCGUUCGAGCUAUGGUUCUACCGCGACUUGAGAACGCUCCCUAGCAGCUCCAGAGACUCUGGCGCCAGUUUGUGCAUCAACUUAUGCGACUCCCCUGAUGGGCUGAGAGCCUUGUCGAGGAACAUACACUUUGUCAGAUCCUGGGAGACUGAUCUUUUCAACCUCGUCUUUAUCUCGCACGCCACUGCUGCUAUACAACAAUACUUUGGCUACGACAGCAACGGCAGUACCAACAACAGAAACGGCAACAACAAGGAACUCGACGCCAUGCCGAUGUCACUCUCAUCAUUCUUGACAUGGACUAAAGGGUCUCUUACAAGAACAAGACGCCCACGGAUCUCUUCGGUGACCACACUCGGCCUCCUUCUACUGAUCCCCUUGCCACCGGUGAUGUCACUGUCGCGUCUCAAGCUGUCGCUGCCCUCAACAACAAACUCUAAUCAGCGCAGUCGCAGCCACACUCUGCCCAAUCACACGUCUCUUUUUGCCACGAUCGCCCACCUCUGCGUUGCCUUGCAACACCUUCCUCAGCUCCGGGAGCUAGCGCUUGACCACCUCUCGGUCAAGGACCCUUGGAGCAUUCGGCCUCUUACAUCGACACUGUCGCGUAUGAACCAUCUGAGACGACUGGAACUCGAUGUUUACAUUAUCGAAGGCGUUUGUGGAGUCGGACUGUCGUUGUUCUUUGGAUGCCCGCCGUCGGUGGAGAAGUUGAGGAUCCAGUUCCACGAGUACGAGAUGCACUACUCUGAGACAGGAUCCUCAGACGAGAGUUCGCUUCAUGAUGUCGAGGACGCACUGAUCGAAGCUGUGGCGACGGCGACAACGGAGUCAUUGUCGCGUGGGUCGACCAGCGGAACCUUGGCCAAUCUUCGGGAUAUUAAUCUUGAAGCUUGUUUGGACGAUGCGACUUUGGAAGAGUAUCUGUCAAUCUUUGAGAGCUGUCCGAACCUGAAGACUCUGGAGUUGAUGGAGAUUACCUUUCCUGAUGGCCUCGAUGGGGCGGACAUUGGUAGGAUGUGUCCCCACCUCCGUAACCUUCGAUUCGAUGGAGCUGUGGAGAUGACUGGCGACAGGCUUUGGCCACUGGGGAUCAUGGAGACAUUGCCAAGGGAUCGUAUGGAGAUUUUGAACUACUAUGGAGGAGGACCUGACCAAUGGUUGGAUGCCACUGUUGUAGGCAAGACCCUUUUGCGGCACUCUUGCUCACUUCGAGAGUUUCAUGCCUGCUCGCGGACUGCCAGUGCGGCCAUGAGGAUGAUUCUUGCGACGUGCGAGGCGUUGGAGGUUCUGGAAAUUUGUUGUUCCUCUAUCGAUUUGGCCGAUGCCGUUGGUUCCCCCUGGGCCAGUUCCAAGCUGAAGAGCCUGUCACUGGAUAUCAAAAUCACACUAUUGUCAUUGUCUCUCCCAGCAGGAACCCCGUAUGUACCCUCUUACCUUAAGACACCGCCAGCUCAGCUGACAAAGGAUGAGAAAUACCUCUUUACCCAACUCGAGUUCCUUUAUCAACAAAUCGGAAAGCAGGAGGAUCUGAAGGUACUUCAGCUGAGCAGAGCGGAAUGUGAUGAGUAUGGGGCGUCGACUGUGGAAGCUGACAAGAGGAAUCAGCCAUUUCCUGGAUUGUUGCGACUGGGAGACGGCAGCGGCAACAGUGCCAACAGCAUCAAUGGCGACAUCGAUCGGCCUGGAUUUCUACAUCUCCUUGGAAAAUUGAGCAAGUUGGAGGUCGUUGUCGGAGAGAUUUGCCCAGAGGCGGGGGACAGGAAGAUGCCCGCUAACUCGACAGAGGCUGAGUGGAUCCGUACUCACUGGCCGUUGCUUCGGGAGACGCACUUUUCUUUUGUCUCCGAGGGGUCUGAGGAGACUUCCGUCCACGUCUGA